UAUCAACCAAGUGUUUGACUUCUUAGCAGAAUGGUGGAAGAGAAGCUGCAAGGUUAUAUGCGUUUGUUUGCCUCUUACUGCUCAGAGACAAAUGCUGUCAAAUGUAAGGAAGAUGAUUUACAGUUUUUGAGAGCAAACGUCAAAAAAAUCAGCUCACUGUUAUCUUCGAAUAAAUGUCGGAAAAUCCUUUUUGAACAUGAAUCUCACGUUAAUGAUCUGGCUUUCGCACUACAAGUAUCAUACUAAUACUACACUUAUUCUUAGUUUCUCAACGACAGGGUCCUUAGGACACAAAUUGUACUGAUUCUUUUCAAACUGGUGAAAAAAUCCACACCCCGAUUCCGCAUCACAAUGUUAAUACAAAAAGGGAUUACUAGAGCUCUGUUUCAAGCUCUUUACAUGGAAUACUCUGAAGAAACUCCAAAUGUUGAACUUUUAUUAAAAAUACAUCAGUUACUCUGUCGUCUUGGUCCGAUGGAUAAACGUUUUGGUAUUCGAGCAAGAGUGAGCCAUUGUAUUCCAAUUACAAUCCAUCUUCUUAGAAUUCAAGUUACUCUAUUGAAUUCAUCAAUACGCACAACUCCUUUCAGUUUUGAUAAACACUUAAAGAAUCUAACCAAUUUCAAUUUUUCUUAUUCAACAAUGAAUUUAAAUUCUUUCCAAAAUAAUCUUAAACAUAUUCAUACUGUAAAUGAGAUGUUAUGUAAUCAUCCUCCUCUUUCUCACCAUCAUCAUCAUCUCCAUCCUCAUCUUCAUCAUCCUUCUCGUUAUCAUAAAACUAUGCCAACAAUUUCAUCAAUGAUACAACAUAAUUUAAAUAUUAUUUUACAUAUGAUUUGUUUGUAUAUAUCAGAUAGUGGUAAAACAAAUUCAUAUUUAUUAGGACGUAAUGGUGUUAUAAAACUUUUAAUUCAAUUAAUUACUUUAUUAUCUGGACUUUAUAUAUAUUAUCCAUCAUCUAAUAUGAAUUCAUUAUUAUCACCAUCGACAUCAACAACAACAACAACAAUACCCUCACCAUUACCACCACCACCACCACCGCCAGCAACAACAACAACAAGGGUAACAAGAAGAAAGACAACUGUGUCACCAACUGAUAUUCCUAGACAGAAUUCUAUAAAAAUAACUAAAAACUCUAUGAAUGAUUACAAUAAUCAUCUCUAUAAUAAUAAUAAUAAUAAUAAUAUCAAUAAAAAUGAAUUGAUUAUUAAUAGUCCAAUAAGAUAUAUUAUAAUUGUCAUGGCAUCAUUGAUGAAAGAAUUAUUGAAAUCUUUUGAACAUAAUAAAAAUCAAUCAUUUCUUGAAUUCACAGAAUAUGGUUUACAUAAUACUUCCAAUUUAAUCAAUUCAAUUCUAUCAUUAAUUACAUGUAAACCUACAUUGAUUGCUAUUGGUGUAAAGUAUCAUAAUAAUUUAAUUCGUCUUCUAGUGAAUACAUUAUAUUGUCUUAUUAAAUAUAAAAAUAAUGCUGUACGCGCUAACAAUAAUAAUGCAGUCCCAUUACUAUUGGAUUUAUUCCUUGAUAUACAUCGAUGUGAUUUACAAUGGCGUUGGAUUGAUUUACAAAAAAGCUUGUUGAAUUGUUUAAAACUAUUGACAGGAAUAAAUUCUGGACGUAAAGCUUUAAUUAAAUCGAAUGGAUUUCAUACAUUAUAUGCUAUUUGUAUUGAUUAUAUAGGACCUAAUCCACUUAAUCAAACUAAACAUAAUAUCUUAUCAAAAAUUAUUUCACAAUAUGAUAAUGCAAAAUCUUCUACUCAUCAUAAUAAACAAAUAAAUGUAAAAAUUGAUCAAUAUAAUCAAUUACAUUGUAAAACACACUUAGCAACAACAACAACCACAGCAACAACAACUAUAAUGGAUCCUGUUGAUAAAACAUAUUCAUCAUUAAUAAAUAAAAAGUUACAUAUAGGAAAUGUAUAUUCUAAUAAAAAAAUUAUUGAUUUAUCGCCUUGUUCAUCGUCAAUUUCAUCGACUAUCAAAUCGCCAUCAUCGUCAGCAGCAGCAGCAGCAGCAGCAGAAGCAUCAUCACCAUCAGUAGCAGCAGUAACAGCAGCAGAAGUAUCCUCAUCGACGUCGUCAACUUUAUCUUCUCAUAAAACUAACUGUAAAUAUAUGAAUAAACUUAAAACUGAUGCAUCACAUCUUAUUGAUAAUGAUCCAAUUAAAAUUUUAAUACAAAUAUGUAUAUUAUUACGUCGUUGUAGUCCAAGAUGUAGUUUACCAAUAAUGAAUGCUGAAAAUAUUCUUAAUUGUUUAUUACCAUCUAAUGACGCAUCAUCGACUUCGUUGUUACGUCGAGAUUCAGAGCCACUGAUUCAAAAAGAUAAGUCCGCUUCACCAGGAAUAGAAAAAUCCAAUGUUGCCAAAUCUAAACUCAAUCAACAAGUAUCUUGUUCAACUAAUAUUCAUCCAAUUUCAAAUACGAAAAAAAAGUCAUGUGAAACUUCACUCCCACACAAAUCUUCCUCUAUUAAUGAUGAUGUAAUCAAAUGGAACAACGAUCGAAAAUCUUCACAACAAAUGAAUUCAAUUAAUUUUAUAAUGAAUAAUCCAUUUAUUGGUGUAACAUCAUCUGAUUAUUCUAAAUUAUUAUGCAAUACUACUUAUACUACUAAUACUACCAAUACUACUACUACUACUAAUACUAAUACUACUAUUACUACUUCCAAUAUUAAUAAUAAUCCCAAAGUUAUUCGAAAGAAAUCCAUUGAUGAUCGGAAACAAUUAAUCAAUGUUAAUAAUAAAGGAAUUACAUCUAAAUUAAAUCAUUCUUGUUACCGUGAUGUUAAUUCUCCAAUUCGUAAAAACGUACCUAAAAUCACUAAUCUACAUUCCAAGAGUCUUCAUAGUAAAUCAAUAAACGAUCUGUAUACAAAUAACCAGACAUACAAUUCCUCAAUAGACACAUUCAUCAGUCAGUCUUGUACAGAAUUAGCAAAUACACAACAUUUGAAUAAAUUCUGUCGUAUACAGAAAUUGAAGAUUCUAGGAAGAGGAGAAGAUAAGAAUUCCAAUCAACCUGAUAAGCAAGAGGAUUUCAACGGUACACAAAGAGAUAAAUUACCUGUUAUCGGUGACAAACCUAUUUCAUAUCAACUGAUCAGUUCAUCUAAUACAUCAUUAACAUCAUCAGAAAUAUUCGAUAUAAUUGAACAGAAUACUCAGAAUGUUGAUGGUGAUGGUGUUGAUGACAAUGACGAAGAAGAAAUGGAAGACGAAGAUGACAAUGAUGAUGUUGAAGAUGAUGAAAAUGAUGAUGAUGGUGCUAAUUUAAUUGGACACGAGGAUACCACAACAACUAGUCAACGAUGCACAUUUAGUGAAUUAAUUUCAAGUCAUUUAAAAUUUUUUCCUGAAUGGUUUGAUCUACCCAAUGAAAUACCAAAUAGAGUAAUGAAAGAACAAGUUGAAAUACCAUUGGAUAUGAUGAAUUCUGUCAAUUGGCCUUAUGAAUGUAACUAUUCUAAUGAUAAUCUUAACAUACAUCCUCCUAACAAAGACAAUACUACUUUGGAAUAUUAUUAUUAUUAUUAUGCUCAAAGAGUAAAACCUUUAUUACCAUUUCAAAUCAUUGCUUAUCCUGAUUUAAUUGAUGCACAUGGAUCAAUUGAUUAUGAACCAUUUUAUUCAAUAGAUCAAUUAAUUAAAAGAUAUUUUAAUCAACAAUCAAAUCUAUGCAAUGAUAAUAUAACUACUUCAUCUUAUUGUAAAAAUAAAUUAUCCCAAGUUACAUCAACUGUUAGUAAUGAUGGGGAUGAUGAUGUGGAUGAUGGUAAUGAUGAUACGGAUAAUGAUGAUGAUGAUGAUGAUGAUGAUGAUGAUGAUGAUGAUGAUGUAGAGGAGGAGGAAGAGGGGGAAGAGUGUGUUCGUCUAUUAAAAGUUCAAGAAGCUGAUGGCUCCACUAAUCCGAUCACCCAAAAGAAUUCAUCAAUACACAAUUUAAACAAAACUUCUAAAUCAGUUAAAUUAAAUAAAACUAUAAAUAGAUCAUCUAAUAAUAAUAAUAAUCAAUCAUCCCAUAUAACAUUGAAUGUAUCUGAUUUACCACAUAUAGAAAUACUUGAGGAUCUAAGACGAUUUAUUGAACCCGAUGAUUUAAUAAAUCGUGUUGUAUAUGAUAUAGAUGAAUUAAUUAAAUAUCAAUUAUCAUCACAACAAUUUCAUCCGUGUCAGGAGGAGGAGGAGGAGGAGAAGAAGAAGGAACAACAGCGUCGACGACGACAACAACAACAACAACAAGAUCAACAUUCGUCAACAUUGAAAAUGAAAUCAAAUCAACUUUUAUUAAAUAGUAAUUUAGAAUAUAAUGUUAGUAAUAAAAUUUCAGAAGUCUCAACUAUAUCAUCCAAAAUGAAUGUUCUAUCAUCAAAAGUUAUACCAACUUGUUGUGCACGAGUGACGAAUAACCAUACUGUAGAUAGUGGUUCAUUAGAUGGUACAAAGUUGACAAGUAGUGAUCGUCAAAAGGAUGAUCUUUGUCCUUCUUCAACAAUAUCAUCUUCAUUGGAUGACUUCAAGUUAUCGAAUCAUGAUGAAUUAAUGAUUGGUCAAUUUGACGCUGAAAAAGGUCAUUUAGAGUUUGAAUCUCGUUUCGAAUGUGGUAAUCUGAGAAAAGCAAUUCAAGUACGUCAAUAUGAAUAUGAUUUAAUUUUAAAUCCUGAUAUUAAUACAACUACUUAUUUACAAUGGUUUUACUUUCGUGUAUCUAAUAUGGAAUCGAAUAUUUCAUAUCGUUUUAAUAUUAUUAAUUGUGAAAAAGUAGAUAGUCAAUUUAAUGCUGGUAUGCAGCCUCUUCUUUUCUCAGUUCAUGAAUCACUUCAAUCUCAUCCAUGCUGGCGACGUGUUGGUUCAAAUAUUAUUUAUUAUAGAAACUAUUUUACUCGCCAAUCAACUCGUAAAUGUAAUUUGGAUGGUGGAACAUAUUAUACAGCUACAUUUACAAUAUGCUUUCCAUAUACUGGUGAUGUCUGCUAUCUUGCUUAUCAUUAUCCAUAUACUUAUACACGUUUAUUAACUGAUUUAAACAAAUGGCAAAAUAAAGUAUUAAACCAACCAAACAAUAUUUACUUUCGUAUUCAACAGUUAACUUCAACUAUCCUUUCCAAUCCAGUUCCAUUAAUUACAAUAACACAAACUUCGGACUCUUCAGAUAAAUCUACAAAUAUCAAUCAACGUCCUUACAUCAUUCUUACAUGUCGUGUACAUCCAGGUGAAUCAAAUUCUAGUUGGAUAAUAAAAGGUUUAAUUGAACAAUUAUUAUCAAAUAAUGAUAUAAAAAUCAAUAAAUUACGUAAUAUGUUCAUUUUUAAAAUAAUCCCUAUGUUAAAUCCUGAUGGUGUUAUUGUUGGAAAUCAUCGAUGUUCAAUAUCUGGUCAAGAUUUAAAUCGUCAUUGGAUUAAUCCGUCAUCUUUAAUUCAUCCAACUAUUUAUCAUACUAAAAUGCUAAUGGAAUUUCUUACAGUUUGUGAACGUUCACCUUAUAUUUUCAUUGAUUUCCAUGGUCAUUCACGUAUGAAGAAUAUUUUCUUAUAUGGAUGUAGUUCAAUGGAAUCAUGGUUAUGUCCAGAUAUAAAUAAUCCAGCUUAUCGUGGUUUAAAUCAAUUAGAAGAUAAUUCAUAUCGUAGAUUAGCUAAUAUAUUAAAUCAAUUAUCACCAUAUUUUUCAAAACAAUCAUGUUUAUAUAUGGUUAAUAAAGCUAAAGAGACUACAGCACGUAUAGCUGUUUGGCGACAAUUCAAUGUAUUACGCUCCUAUACAAUUGAAGCUUCUUAUUGUGGUAUUCGUCGUAAAUGGUAUGGAAAUCAAUUAAUUCCAAGUAAAAUACAAGGAGAACAACAGCAUGGAAAUGAUAACAGAACAGUAAAAGAAAAACAUUCAAAUGAAUCUGGGAUAGUGAUGAUUGAACAUCAAAUAAGACCAAUUGAUUUAAUGAAUUUUGGUUCACAAUUAUUAAAUGCAUUUUUAUGGUUAUCAGAAGAAGAAACAACAAUAUUAAUGUCAAAUACAAAUAAAACAGUUUCAUCUAUAUCUUUAUCACCAUCUUUAAUGACAUCUUCCAUGUCAUUAUUCAAUGUAUCUUCCCCUGAGCAUCCAUUAUCAUCAUCAUCCCAUGAUACAAACAUUAUGCCUCAGUAUGAUGAAGAUGAUACUGACGUUUACGAUGAUGCUGAUGAGAAUAAUAAUAAUAAUAAUAAUAGUAAUAAUGUAAAUGAGAAAUCUCAAGUAUCUUCUAAAUUUCAUUGUAAUAAAAGAAAAUAUCAAUCUAAGUUAAAGAAGUUGAAACAACAUGACAACAACGUGACAAAUAAAAAGUCACAAAAUAACUUCGAUUAUGUUCCAUUCGUUUAGUAUAAUAAAACCGGAUUGUGUUCUUUAUUCAUGAUCCAACUAUUCAUCUUUCUUCUUCAUGAAUCAAUAUCAUGAUCAUGAUAUAGAUAUAGAAGAAUGGUAAUGGUAAUAAAGAGAACUAAAUGAACUAUAGAUAAAUAAAGAGUAUCAUGUCACUGAGAAGGAAAAGUUUAACUUUUUCAUCAUCUAAUUGUAUAUUUUCAAAUGUUUUCAUAUCAUUGAAUCGAUAUUCAAACCGAAUGUUAUAAAAUAAGCAUUUAUUUGAAAAUUACUGAUAUUCAGUGUUCCUUAAACAAGAGAUAUACUAUUUCCUUUUAAAUUUGGAUUAUUUUUUUGUUUUUCAUACUUUAUCUACUUUUAAAAUUUGUAAGUAGUACAAAUAUUGUUUUAGAUUUUUAUUGAUCUUUUAGUUUUCCAUAAAUAUUAUAUUUUUUAAAAUCUGAAUAAAUAUAUGAUAACACUUGUUACGCUGGUAACUUGUUUGAAGGAAUGUACUAUUGUAAUGAACUAGAGGAUAGACCAGGACAAUCAAAUGUAUUUGAAUACAAAAUUACAAAAUGUCAAUUAAUACUUUC